AUGGUUGAGCCAACACCUAGUCCCAUUGCCAUCGUUGGCAUGGCAUGCCGUCUCCCUGGCGGUUCGGAUAACCCUUCCAAACUUUGGAAUAUGCUUUCAGAGGGACGAAGUGGCUGGCGUGAGAUCCCCGAAGAUAGAUGGAACAAAGAUGCGUUCUAUCAUCCAGACCCUGAGGCAAAAGAGGCCGUCAAUUUCAAGGGCCUUUAUUUCUUGGACCAAGACAUUACUGCUUUUGAUGCACGCUUCUUCAAUGUCCACCCUCAUGAAGCCCACUGCCUCGAUCCACAGCAGCGCAUCUUAUUGGAGACGACAUACGAGGCUCUCGAAAACGCUGGGCAAACCAUUGCCGGUAUCAAGGGCUCUGAUACAUCUGUACACGUAGGAGCUUAUGCCACCGACUUCGAACGCAUGGGCUACAAAGACACAGCAAGGACGCCUAAGGCUCAUAUGAUCGGCACCGGAAUCGCAAUUCUGUCAAACAGAAUAUCCUACGUCUUUGAUCUCAACGGGCCGUCCAGUACGGUCGACACUGGGUGUUCAGGAAGUAUGGUAGCCUUGCAUCAGGCAUGCCAUGGGCUCCGAGCAGGAGAGUCCAAGAUGGCUAUUGUCGCCGGUACCCAACUCGUCCUCACCCCUGACCAGAUCAUUCCCAUGAGCAGUGUCGGCAUGACCAAUCCGAAUGGCAGAUGCUACGUCUUUGAUAGCCGCGGCGCUGGUUACGCAAGAGGCGAAGGUGUUGUCACUCUAAUCCUCAAGCGUCUUGAUGAUGCUGUGAGAGACGGUGAUAGGGUCCAUGCCCUCGUCCGGAACUCUGGUCUGAACCAGGACGGCAAGACAGUAGGUCUCACGUUGCCAAAUCCUAUCGCUCAAGCGAAUCUUAUGCGCCUCGUAUACAAGAAUGCCGGUCUGGACCCAGCAGAUACUGUAUAUGUUGAGGCCCACGGCACUGGAACUCAAGCUGGUGAUAGCGCAGAGAUAUCAUCCAUUGCAGAAGUCUUCUGCCCCGAAGGCCAACGUGAGGACGGUCUAUAUGUUGGAUCUAUCAAGUCAAACAUUGGCCAUCUCGAAGCUUCAAGUGGUGUCGCAGGAUUGCUCAAGGCCAUUCUGAUCUUGAAGCACGGCGCAAUCCCACCCAACAUUGACUUCAUCAAGCCGAAGCCCACGCUGCAUCUAAAGGAGCGUAAGAUCAAGAUUGCUACUGAAAUGGUUCCACUCCCUGAGUCUACUGGACCCCACCGUGUGUCUGUUAACUCCUUUGGCUACGGUGGAACAAAUGCCCACGUCAUCCUGGAAGCUCCAGCCAGCUACGAGAAAUCAGACGGAGUCCCGGCUCCAGCGAAGUCAAAUGGUACCAAUGGGCAGGCCAAUGGACAAACCAACGGGCACAUCAAUGGAAAGGCCAACGGACACACCAAUGAGCAUUUCACCGAGGGAAGUGGCACCAACGGACACCCGGAAGUGCACGAAGUCACUUCUCCUGAACCUGGCACCAAUGGGACCAACGGACUCAAUGGCUUCAACGGAAAGAAAAGAGACGAUGUCGAAGUGAUCGACAGCUUACCUACCCCAAAGCUCUUCGUCUUGUCAGCUCGAUCGGAGACAUCUUUGCAGGCCAUGGUAGCCAAUUUACAAGGAUGGGUCUCUGCUCACGGCGAUGCCCCCUCACUUUCCAACCUUGCUUAUACUCUGUCGAGCCGUCGAUCAGAGCUGCAGUUCCGAUUUAGUGUCGCAGCGGCCAGCCAUGAAGAGCUCACAAGCCUUCUGGGACAGAAGCCGCGCAUCACCAAGGCGGCGUCCAACUUCCGCUCCGUGUUUCUUUUCACGGGACAGGGAGCUCAGUGGCAUGCCAUGGGCCGCGAGCUUACCAGAGAGCAUCCGGUGUUUAGAGCAUCGAUGCUCCAGUCAGAGAAGAUCCUGAAGGAUCUUGGGGCAGACUGGAGUCUGAUUGAAGAGCUUUCCAGAGACGAAUAUAACUCGCGAGUUGGACAGGCUGAGAUCUCUCAACCCUCUACUACAGCGAUUCAGAUCGCAUUGGUUGACCUCCUCAAGAGCUACCGCGUCUUUCCCAAUCUUGUUCUAGGACACAGCAGUGGCGAGAUAGCCGCUGGCUAUGCUGCCAAGGCGUUAGACCACGAAACAGCGCUCGAGAUAUCAUAUAGGCGCGGCUUCAUGUCACAGGCAUGUUCCCGUGUCAUUUCGGCCAGAGGCGCUAUGAUGGCCGUGGGUUUGGGAGAAGACGACGUCAAGAAAUACGUCGAGCAGACCAGAACCGGGCUCAUCUGCGUUGCAUGUGUCAACUCUCCCGUCAGCACAACCAUUUCUGGAGACGAAACUGCCAUCGACGAACUCAAGCAAAUUCUUGACGAAGAAUCCAUCUUUAACCGGAAGUUGAAGGUGGACACGGCCUACCACUCUCAUCACAUGAAGAAGGUCGCAGCAGAGUAUCUCAACUCCAUCGCACACGUCAAGGCUCGCACUCCAAACCCUGCCAUCAAAUUCUACUCUUCUGUUGCCGUCGCACAUAAGACAACUGAAUUUGAUGCACAGUACUGGGUUGGCAACCUUGUGUCCCCAGUCCGUUUCGGCAACGCGUUGGAGCUCCUCUGUCGCACAGAGCUCGUAGGCAUCGAGCCGGCACCGCUCACCCUGUUCACCGAGGUUGGCCCACACGGUGCCUUGGGGGGCCCAGUCAGGCAGACCAUCAAGGGGCUGACUGGCUUCAAGUCAAGCUACCUGUCCACGCUGUCUCGAGGUCGUGAUGCUGCGAUCACCCUUCUUGAGACAGCAGGCAAGCUGUUCGAGUUUGGAUAUCCAGUCUCGCUGCAAGCAACCCUGGGAGGAAGUCAAUCGGCUACGUUCAAGUUGGUUGAUGACCUUGCCCCUUAUCCUUGGGAUCACUCCACGAGCUUUCUCUAUGAAUCAAAGCUCAGCAAGGAGCACCGCUUCCGCGCGCACCCACCGCACGAUCUUCUCGGCCUUCGGGUCCCAGGGACCACGCAUCAUGAACCCACUUGGCGCAACCUUCUAGGCGUAGGAAGUCUUCCGUGGCUCAGCGACCAUGUUGUUGAUGGCUUCGCCAUUUUCCCGGCGUCCGGAUAUCUCUCUAUGGCCGUGGAGGCAGUCCGCCAGAUCAGCGUCGACAGAAAGAUAAAGGGUGUCAUCUCCCAGAUCCACCUGAAAAAUGUCUCCUUCACAAAGUCGAUCAUAAUUCCCGAAAGACGCACCGACGGACUGACGUCUGAUGUAGAGGUCCUUCUGACGCUGAGACCUGCCAAAAGUUUGACCGACCGUACAUGGGAGACGUUCCGUAUCAUGGCUCUUUCACCGGAGGAUGUAUGGCACGAGCACUGCUCGGGACAUAUCAUGCUCGAGUGGGCAGCUAAGGAGGAUGAAGUCGAGGGAUCCCGUGAAGAGAACAGGGCAAAUUCGAGUGGCCUCCAACACCUCCAGGACAUCAUCGACGCUUGCGACACUAAGAUUAGCGGUGAAGACCUUUACAAGAACUUCAGUGAGAACGGCAAUGUCUAUGGUCCUACAUUUGCCGGUAUCGAGUCGGCGCAGAUCGGCUCUCGUGGAGGCGUCGCAGAGAUCAAGAUCCCCGAUGUAAAGAGUAUGAUGCCUCGUAAGCAUCAGCAGGAGCAUGUCAUCCACCCAGCUUCACUUGAUACAGUCUUCCAACUCGGACUUCCACUGUACCGCAGGGAUGUUGGUAAUGGGCCCGUGAUGCCUACAAGCAUCGAUGACCUGAUCAUCAACUGCAAACUCAGCAGCAAACCUGGCACCAAAUGGACUGUAUGCUCUACCAUGGGCCAGAAAGGCUUCCGGUUUGCUAGUAUCGACAUCAUGGUAUUCGAAGAAGUCACCGAAGGUGCGCCACUGGUGCCCGUCUUGGACAUUCGCGGUGGCGCGCUUCGGGGAAUCGGCGAAGCUCCAGUGGACGAGAAUGUUCUGCCGUUCUCACGCAAGAUGAGCUACGCUCUCGAGUGGCAGCCCGAUGUCGAUCUCCUGGCGUCGCUACAGCAAAGGGAUGAGCCAAACCAGCUGGUGUCGUAUCUUCAGCUUCUGGCCUUUAAGCAACCACGCAUGAAGAUACUGGAAUUGAGCGUAGGGACCGAAGCCGACAUAGCGCUGCCAUUCCUUGAAGCAAUUGAUCGUCCUGAAGGGUUGCUUCUUGGCCGGUAUACAUACUGCAGCGCCGGCACCCAUGUCGAGUCCUCGGAUAAAGCUAAAGCCUCUCUUCGUCCAUGGAUUGAUCGAGUCGACUUCAAGACGUUGGAUACUUCAAAGGAUUGUACUCAGCAAGGUUUUGCAGAAGAGUCUUUCGACCUCAUCAUUGCUUUGCAGGCAGAGCCGAGCUCUAUUGACGAGUCUCUGAGCAACUGGCGAAAGCUUUUGAAGCCUCGCGGCAAGUUGGUCCUUAGCGCAUCACCGGUCCAAGGUAAACAGAAGGAUGUUGUUAGCCUGCCAGAAGUUGAUUGGCAUGCCCGAUUGGAGCAUCACAGCUUUCAGAUAGUGAUUCCAGACAAAGAAGACCCUGCCACAAGACCCAACAUGGUUAUCGCCACCGCCGUUGAGGAGCAGUCGUCACCCCAAGAUUUCCCGUCAAUUCGAAUCAUCUCCCAGUCCCAGUCCCAGUCAGACCAUUUUGCAUCUCUUGUAGAUGCAUUCAUGGCAUGUAUGACGAGACAAGGAUUCCCCUGCUCUUUGGAUGGCUGGUCAUCUGAGCCAGUCAAUGUUGAUGCCAUCCAUAUUGUCCUUGACGAUUCGUCAGAUCCUAUCCUUGCUGCACCGAGUGCCGAUAGGUUCGCCCAAAUCGUCUCGCUAGUCACCAAGGCUAAGAGCGUGCUGUGGCUAAGCUGUCAAGAUAGCGGUGCGGAUAUCCAUAAUCCGGCAAAGGGGAUGAUCAGCGGCCUCGCCAGAGUCGUGCGGCGAGAGAAUGCGGCUAUGCGUUUCGUCACUGUCGACGUACAAGAUGAUGUUAUAUCGACUCCGGAACUUCUGGUGUCCCAGAUCUUUGAUAUCACCAAAAGGUCUUUUGCCACUCCCAUCAGCACCUCACGAUCCGACGAGGAUGAGUUCACCUUCAGCAACGGCCAGCUCCUCAUUCCUAGAGUUCAUGCGGAUGCCAAGUUCGAUGACUGGGUCAAGAGGGCCAUUUACGCUCAAGGAAUGGAAACUGGCUCUUUUCAACAGGCAGAGAGACCCCUCAAACUCGAGGUUGAGACGCCAGGACUGCUCAGCAGUCUCCGGUUCGUCGACGACGAGACGCUAUCAAAGCCCCUACAGCCAUUUGAAGUUGAGCUUGAGGCAAGAGCAUACGGAGUCAACUUUAAGGAUGUAUUCAUCGCGAUGGGUCAGAUGAUUCCGGGUGUCACCAUGGCUGGUGAGUGUGCCGGUAUUGUUCGCAAGGUGGGCUCUGCUAUCGGGGACAAGUUCCGCGUCGGCGAUCGCGUCUGCGGAAUUUUCGCGGAGCCCUUCUCUAGUCACCCAAGGAUCGACGGAAACUUCAGCUGUCACCUUCCAGAGAGCAUGCCCUACUCCGUGGGUGCGUCUAUCCCUGUCAUUUUCUGCACCGCAUACCACUGCAUCGUGGAGGUCGCUCGCCUCGAGCGUGGAGACACCAUCCUGAUCCACGCCGCUUCAGGCGGUGUCGGCCAAGCAGCUAUUCAACUUGCCCAAAAUAUUGGAGCCGAGAUCUUCUGCACCGUUGGUAGCAGCGCGAAGCGUCAUCUGCUCAUUGACACUUUCAACAUCCCGCCAGAUCACAUCUUCUCGUCCAGGCUUCGGACAUUCAAGCAGGGCAUUCUACGACUUACCCAAGGCAAGGGUGUCAACUGCGUCCUGAACUCGUUGUCAGGCGAAUCACUCCAUGACUCGUUUGCUGUUCUUGCACCUCUGGGAACCUUUGUCGAAAUCGGAAAGUCUGAUAUUUAUCGGAAAAACGAGAUCAGCAUGGUUCCUUUCGACAACAGUGUCACAUUUGCUGCUGUAGAUUUGACGGUCUUGGCCCGGCUCAAGCCGACCAAGAUGCGAGAAACACUUGACAAAGUGCUCUCAUUAUUUGCGGAUGGCACCUUGAAGCCUGUGGCCCCCAUAACUGCUAUGCCGAUGACCAAUAUCGAGGAAGCUUUCCGUCUGAUCCAGUCGAGGAAGCACACCGGCAAGGUCGUUCUCGUCUGCGACGAGCAGACGCAAGUCAAGUUGACGCUGGCACGUCCUCGGCCUCUCCGGUUGGACAGCAAUGGCACAUAUGUCAUCUCUGGUGGCCUCGGAGAUCUUGGUCGAAGGAUUGCCAAGUUCCUAGCCGCUCAUGGUGCGGGACAUGUGGUAACGUUGUCUCGUCGCAAGCUUCAGGACGAAGAUCAGCUUGCAUUCGAGGAAGAAUUGCGAGCCUUAGGAGCGCAGCUACACAUCAUGUGCUGUGAUGUCACGGAUCGAGAGUCAUUACAAUUAGCCGCUGCCGAAUGUGCAGAGAAACUUCCUCCAGUGAGAGGAGUCAUCCAUGCAGGAAUGGUCUUGAGGGAUCAUCCUUUUGAGAUCAUGUCUCACGAUGACUACAUGACCUCGAUCAAGCCCAAGGUCCAGGGCACUCAGAACCUUGACACCGCCUUCGGUGCGUCUGAUUCCCUGGACUUCUUCAUCAUGCUGUCAUCCAUCACCGCAAUCCUGGGAAAGUCUGGGCAAUCAAACUACGCUGUCGGUAACGCCUACCAAGAUGCCUUUGCCCAGAGCAAAAAGGCAUCGAGCUGCAGAUAUAUUGCUUUGAACCUCGGUGCGGUCGACGGAUCAUUGGCCAUUACCUCGCUGCCUCCUGCGCAAAAAGACGCCAUGAGACGCGGAUCAGUCCUCAUGUCGUUUGAUGAAGUCUUCGCCGUUUUGACCUACGCCAUGAGCGCGCAGGCAAACGAGGAUGAUCUCCACCAGCUGAUUCUUGGUUUUGAUCGAAAGUCGAUGGAGGCGGUCCAUGAUGAGAUGGCUCUUGCGAAUCCCAUCUUCAGCCAGAUUCCCUACCUGGAGAAGGAGGGAGAACCGACAAAGGAAGCCGCCACUGACGUUGGAAAGCUGCUUCAACAAGCCUCUUCGCCCGAGGAAGUCAAGAACAUUGUGGUCAGCGGCAUUUGCCAACGAUUUGCCAUGUUCACUGCCGUUCCAGUUGAAGAAAUCAGUCAAGACGUUUCGAUGGAGAGUUUCGGUCUCGACUCUCUUGUUGCCAUCGAGUUGAAAAACUUUCUCUCUUGCACCUUCCAGGCGACACUUCAGACAUCUGAGGUUCUCGACGCUGUCAAUAUCUUGAGUCUGGCCAAGGUCAUCAUUCUCAGGUCCAAGCUCGUCCCCAAAGACGCAGAGACGGCUGUCGUGGAGACGGAUGACGCCCCCACGGCCGAGCAGGUAUCGGAUUUGGCCAUCGAGAUUAUAGCACCCGGUGCCAACCACGACUUCCACUGCUGUCGAGCCUCUAAGACACUUCAAAAGAUGCCUCUCGUUGACUUUGACGUCAUGUUUGACGACUACUUGGACAAGUCAAGAAUGUUCUUUUCCGCCGAGGUUUUCAAGACUAUCGAGGACGAUGUAGUGGAAUUCAGGAAGCCGGACAGCAUAGGCCGGGAGUUCUACCGUCGUCUCCACGAGCAGGCUCACGAUCCCGCAAUCGAGAAUUGGCAGGAGAAGUACUUCCUUCAGAGCAUGUACCUGCAGAGACGCAUGCCACUCGCACCUUUCAACAACUUCAUGGCAUUUCAUCCUCUCGGAGACAUGGGCCACACUCAAGCCGAGCGGGCAGCCAUGAUUGCAAGCAUCGCCUUCCAAGCCAAGCAGGACCUCGAAUCAGAUCGAUGGGAGCCCAUGACGUACAUGUUUACGGCCAACUGCACCGAUCUUUGGCAGUACAUCUUCAACACGGCUCGAUUGCCUGGUGUUCCGUUAGAUCGAAUGGCCAAAUUCCCUGGCAACGACUACAUGGCGGUGCUCUAUCGCGGACACAUCUACAAGGUUGAACUUAUGGACGGAGAUCACAAUGUUCCCGUCGAAGCAUUAACCAAGAUCUUUAACGCUCUCCUAGCUCAGCAAGACAUUGUUGACAACUGGACAAGCAUCCUUGGCACCGACGAUCGCACUUCAUGGGCAGAGAGUCGACAAGCCUUGAUUGAGCUCGAUAAUUCCAAUAAGGAGACCAUAGACAUGGUAGAGGCCUCUGCUUUCCUCGUCUGUCUCGAUGACACGGAACCUGCGCAUGCAGAGGACAGAAUCAACAGCAUGAUGAUGUUGAAUGGUUUCAACCGGUGGGUUGAUAAGUCCAUCGCAUUUGUGGUGUGCAAAAACGCAACUUCUGGCACAUACGUCGAGCACACAAUGAUUGAUGCGAUGACUCUCUUCGCGAUGCAAACUGCUAUUGUUGAAGGUAUCAUGGCCUACAAGCCCCCAAGAGAGGUCAACGGACACGCCAAUGGCGUCGUCGCCGCGCCUAGAGAGUUCACCCUCAAGACAAUGCCGGCCUUGGACGAGCGCAUCCAACAUGUGCGACAGCGUUUCGAGAAGGACAUCUCAAAGUUUGGAUACAGAGACAUCGUGCUCUCCGACUUUGGAAAAGACGUCCUCCUCGACCGACACCUCCCCAUCAAAGGCCUCUAUGAUCUGAUGGGUCUGCUUGCUAACUACUAUUACUACGGCUACAAUGCCCAGUCUUGGGAGGCCGUCUCCAUGUCACACUACCACAAGGGACGGCCUGACAUUGUGCAAGUCAACACACCAAUCACUGCAAACUUUUGCACCAUCGCAGACGACGAAAGUGUGCCAGCCCGGAAGCGCUUCGAGUUGAUGGUCGAGGCUGCCAACGCUCGUAACCAGGUCAUCAAGGAGGCGUUUACGGCGGGCCGCUGCUACCAGCGGACGCUCAGAGCCCUCGAGCUCUGCGCAGAAGAGGGCGAAGAAAUGCCUGCUCUCUUUAAGAAUCCGCUUUAUGAGCAGACUGUCGAGCCUAACCAGAUGUUCUCGAACACCGAUGGGCUAUCUCCCGAGUCUUGCUUUAUCAUGCAGAACCCGAAGAGGUUCUGGAUGACGUACUAUGUUACCGAUGCAGGAGCCCAUUUCUCUGUCGUCACUGGGAAAGAAGAGGUGAUUGCUUGGGCAGACUGUCUGCAACGUGCUUCUUCAGUGUUGAAGACGUUGAUAGACGCGGCAUGA